UUGCUAUUUGUUAUUGGUUCUUAUGCAUACAAAUUACGCUUUCUGUUUGGAUAAUAAGUAGCCUCGUUUUGUCAAUGUACUGUACGUAUACUGCAUUGAAAAUUGUUUUAACCAUUCGAAUGUAGCGUUUCCAUAACUCCACUUUUGACUUUAUCAUAAAUUACUGUUGUCACAUAAAAUUCUGCACAUUUCCUCGACAUACAAAGUACCUUACGAAUAGACACAGACAAAUAGGAACAUGAUGCCACUGAAUGUUUCUUUGAUAAAAUAUGACAAUCCAUUACUUAUUACUAAAAAUUCAGAUAAAAAAUCUCCCGGGGCACCUACGUUAAAGGGAACUCAUCCAGUUACAGACUCUUCAAACAAACCUUGCGUUUCACCCAGAGGAAAGACAUCUUUAAUUGAAGCUAAAAGCAACCAACAAACAGAAGAAAUAUUGAAUUCGAUUCUUCCGCCUAGGGAGUGGAGUGAAAACGGUCAGCUUUGGAUUCAACGUGCUUCCAGCACACCAGCAACACGACUUGACGUUGUUAAUUUACAGGAAGAGCUCGAUAGACGAUUGCAACAGCGUCAAGCUAGAGAAACUGGAAUAUGCCCAGUCCGCAGAGAACUAUACAAUCAAGUAUUUGACGAACUAAUAAGACAAGUGACUAUUAACUGCGCUGAACGGGGUUUGCUUCUCCUUCGCGUCCGUGACGAGAUAAGAAUGACAAUAGCAGCAUACCAGACACUUUAUGAAUCAAGCAUAGCAUUCGGCAUGCGUAAAGCUCUUCAAUCUGAACAAGGGAAAGCAGACAUGGAACGAAUGAUUAGUGAUUUGGAACAAGAGAAGAAAGAUUUAGAAAGACAAGUAUAUGAAUUAAAAACAAAGUGUGAACAGAUUGAAAAACGUGCAGUAGAACAGAGACAAUUAGAAGAAAAGAAACAUCAAGAUGAAAUACAAUUUUUAAAACGAAAUAAUCAACAAUUAAAGGCUCAAUUGGAUGGAAUUAUGAAUCCGAAAAAAUAAUUGUUAUUCCAUUAUUGCUAAAUAACUCCAUACACGAUUUUGUCUCCAUUUCUUAUUUUAAGACAGUAAUUUCUGUUAUAAAAUGUAUGGUAUCCAAUCUAGGCAACUAGAAUAUAUUAUUGUACCAUAUGAAGGUUUCAACUAUCAUAUUGUGAAUACCAAACUUUCCAUUAUGACUGAAAUAGUAUGGUUUAUUUUCUGAUUAGGUAUAAUAGCCUACGUCGUUAUUUACCAUAUCAGACGACGUACAUUGAAUAAAAACAGAACUGAACAAAAAGAAAUCAUGUUUGAUAGUUUAUUUAUUAUUUAUUUUAACACAUAGAUAUUGGUACAAGGAGGCACCAAAUCCAUAUGCGCCACACAGAUCUCAUUUGAUAUGUGUGAGGGCUGUGAUACUGCCCGGGUGCCUUAACCGAAGUAGGUGGUUUUCUUAGGGGGCCGCACUCGGAGCCUACGACAUAAAGGUCUGAUCCACAAGGCAGUGUAACAACGUAAGGAGAUGCAGUUCCAUGGUAGCCGUUGAUCAACGAUUGGUUCAUACGCCAUUUGUUCCUUCAGGAUACUGGAGCCCAUGUGCACCAUUAGUUUGAAAUCGGGGUUUUCCAACUCCUCCAGGUGAAUCCUCCGUAUCCAACAUCCCGGUUUCGGUUUCGUAAACAACAUGCCAACCGUGAGUCGGACUUUUGUGGCAGCGGCUGUAUGCACAUGACCAUAUGAGAGCAUGUCGAGAGAGAGAGCUGACCCUCCUCACUCUCGGCCGUACCAGGGCAUUUGGACAAUGAAACUAACAUAUAGAUGUAAAUGUGACUACGUAG